CAUUUCACACCUGAGCCUCAACUCUCGCGGGCCGGUACCAAACGACUCAAGGACCGGUCCGAGGCCUGGGGGUUGGGGACCGCUGCGCUAAGACACUGAUAGCAUCUAAGUUUAAGCUAUGAACACAAUUGGACCUUAGGUAUGCAGCAUUUACUUACAAUAUUUAGUGUUUAGUUAUGUUGUGUACCAGGUUUUUGUGGUUUUAAUGACUAAAUAUGAAAAUCUAAUGAGCACUUCAUGUGUCUUAUGCAGAUAUCAGUUGUUAACUGGUAGCUAGCCAAUUUAGCUGUUAUCUAACUCUCAACAUUAACAAUCAAGUAAAAAACACUAAAUAGUGUAGCCUCACCAGUUUGUUGUUUUUUAUGAGUACCCUUUUGUGACAUUGCCUGGUGACAUAAAUUGAAAUUAUAUUUGCUUUACCUCAUAGGAAACCUCAAUUGACAUUUUAGCUACAGUUUAGCUUAAUUAGCUAACUGGUUGGAAAAGAGACAAACUAUGGACUAUUCCUAAAACAUGAAAACAUUCAUAACUUCCUCACAACUAUGAAAUGAAAAUGAACAAAAGUAGUCUCUGAGAAUAAGAGACUGGACCAGUAUAAUCUCAGACCCUUCCAGAUGCCUGUAUUACGCAUUAGCUCACCAUACUCAGGGUGUCUCUCCAUUAUCUGGAAUCACUUAGCCUAACAUUGGCAAUCAAUGAAGAUGGUUUUUCAAAGGAAGAUGAAACAGAUGAGAAAAUAUGAAGUCUGAAAGCAACACAGCAGUGUGUAUGAGAGUAAAAAAAACCCAGAGUAAUAUCAUAUUAACAGUAUGUGGAUUAAGUGCUUUAGUCUGUAAGACUGGAAAAGAGCAGCAAUAUUAAUAAAGUUUUUCCAGGAAUGAGAGCCGGUGAAAAUGCAGAUUGUGUAAGUUAACAGAUUCAUCAAUAUUAGCAGCUCAAUCAUUAAGACAUGGGAGAACCUGAUGGAUUAUAAAAAGUAUUACAUUAAAUCAAUGUUUAAAAGCAGCUAUUAGGUACUAGUUGAUCUCUAACCUGAAACUACAGGUAGCAUAUCAUAUUAAUUAUAAGUCACUUUACCCAUUACCAUAUAUCCUGGUAAGAAAUGAUCCACCUUCACAGUACUGUAAACUCAGGGUUAAUCCUGAAGUCACCCAGAUAAGAUUAAACCCUGCUUCAUAAUACAGGCCUCAGGUCUCUGUAUCUCAUUUACAAACAAACUUUUAAAGAAUCUAAGACUUGAAUUCUUCGCUGCGGGAGAUUUUAUACUGACCUUGUCACAUUUUUGGAUGACCGUUUCCAUCUCAUAUGGUUUGGCACACAAACCACAGAUGAUUUUUUUGGCUACUAAAGCAGUAGCUUUUUUUAAUGCUUAACUUAGUUGGCCAUCUUCUGGCUUUGGCUUUGCAGUGAACUAAGGGACUUAGUGAGCAUAUUUCUCAAGCUACCCAGUUGUUUCCUAACCUUAUUUAUGAGUUAAAGUAAUUGGAUACUCUAGCAUUUAGACCUAAUGGAUAUUUACAUGACAUGAAAUUGAAUUAGUGGAAACUGCAGGCAAAUGCUCUCUAGUAAAUGACAAGCCCGAAGCCUUAACCUUAGAUGAGUUUUAUUUUACCAUUCUCUUGUGUAUUUGGAGGAGAGACCGCUUCCUCUUUGUUUAGGCCUUUUUAGUAGAAUAAUGAGAAUUGGAGGAACAAACUAACAGAAUAACAACUGCAUAAAGCAUAGUAGGCUACCGGUCAUGCAAUCAGUCUGUCAGUCAUUAAACUGUUUACAGUGUUAAUGUUCUCCUGUCUGUGGCGAAGUCAUAAUUAUCACACUAAUGCGGAGUUCCCUGUGGUGAGUCAGUGUGUGAAAACCUGACAGGUGAGGGGAAGUUGAGGUGGAAAGAACCUUUUAAGAAGAAAACUGUCGCACAUCAGGUCACUUCACUCUGCUCUCCUGAUGUAAGAGGACAGGUAUUCCCCUGGAUGAAGGCCGUUAGUGCUGUUAGUGGACAAAUGAACUCAAAAGAGACAAAAGGUCCAGGGCUGGCCUCCCUGGAGGGAAGUCUCAGAAAUGAAAGGCUGGUAGCUUCAUUUUUUUUCAUAGAGUCAUAGAUGCGUUAUUAAAAGCACAAACACAGGAUGAAAAAAAAUACAGGAGUUUUUAAGAUAUGGCUUAUGCUUGUAUGCAGUCAGCAUGAAGCAGUGCACCUUCCCUGUGAGGGACACACCCCCCACAUCUGAAAUUCUUCAUCUGUGGUCUCAGACCGUGUCAAGUCAUUUCUCACUUGCACACAAAGGAAGAUCAUGUCAAGAGUCGAGGCGUUUAGGGACACAAACCUCCGCUCGCUGCUGAGGGAGCUGCGAACUGACAUCGCUAUGGCUGUGGAUGACCCUUUCCCCCUGGUCUAUGGUUUGGCGGACAAAAACAUCAUCACAGAGCAGCUGCUGAAGGAGACUCUGGAGAAAGAGGCUAGAGAAGGCAUCCACAAGGCCAUGUACUCCCUCCUGUCCUGGGUGUUGGAGCAGAGCAGAUCCACUGUCCAGGCCUUCUUGAACAACUUAUCCAAAGACUAUAAUCUGGACAGCUACCCCAGGCUGCAGACCCUGCUCACUAACCUGGAUUCCCGAAGGGAGACUGCAGGUUCCAAACAUGAAAACAGACCAUCUGGAGGUCACAAACCUCCUCACAGUAAGAAGAGGAGCCAUGCGGAUCGAGAACCGAGCUCCCAGCGGUCACAGUAUCAUGCCAAGACAACCGAUGGAGGAGGAAGUAAAGUGAAGCUCUACAGAGUGAAGAGUGAAGCUCCUGGCUCCAAGCUGCCAUCUGAAAACAGUGUGCAAGUACUGUCUUCCACAAUCCAGAGAGGAGUCCACCUGCCCUCUUCAUCCUCCUCCUUCUCGGCUCCCUCCACGGAUCCCCCAGUCAACCAUGAUAACCAAGAAAAGGUGCAUGUUAUGCAGGCAUAUUGUUUGGAAGGGGCCACCAGAGAGCCCAUUAAAGCUGGUGGGGGUCCGUCAGAGGAGACAAAUGCAUCAAAGUCCAAGUCUGCUAAGAGCACAUUUCACCACCAGGUGGAGACAGCCACACGCAUGAUUCAUUACAAUGAUGAUGAGUGUACAGUGUGUAAGGAUGGAGGGGAGCUGAUCUGCUGUGACGGUUGCCCUCGAGCUUUUCAUCUGGCCUGCCUUGACCCUCCACUCUCGUCCAUACCAAGUGGCUCUUGGCAGUGUGAGUGGUGCCGUGGACACAGGGUGAAAAAAGAGAAAGCACAGCUACCCUUACAAGCUCUCUCAGCUCAUCCUCAGCAAACAAACACAAACUGCAGUAACUCCAUCACCGAUGUCUCAUUCUACUCAUCGCUGUCAUCCUCCCUCACAAGCGUUACGGCGACGAUGAGUGCAUCAGGUGGCAGAAACCAGUGCUCGGGUGGAGAGCUGGUUGGCGUGAGGGAGGUGUGCGGUAUUUGCCACCUCGGAGGAGGAGAUUUGAACCACUGCUUUCAGUGUCUGAAGCAUUUCCAUGUAAACUGCCACUUUUCCAAAGGGAGGUCCAUCUGCCUGUCCUGCUCCAGACUGUGGGGCAGCUCUGCUGAGAGAGAGGCUGAAUCCAGAGGCGGGCAGCUUGCACCUCUGGCUCAAAACACACUUAGUCAUGAUCAAAGCGCCUCCCUCUCUGAGCCCAUCCACCAUAAAGAUGAACUGGACUCCAUCCUGGGAGACAGCUCCAUUGAUGGCAUCUUACAGUGGGCUUUCCAUAACAUGUCUCGUCCUCUUCCAGGCUCUCAGGGAUGCUACCAGUGACAGAGAACCAGGAAUGCAACACUGUAAAUCAGCAAUGAUGAAAUCAGUGUGUAGCUGAUUAAAAUGAGCUCACUAAAUAUGGGUGAUGAUUAUUUGCUUCUUUCUCACUGCUUGUUAAAACAAUUCGGUGACUUUUGAUUGAAUGUUUCAUACACGUUUUCGUCAUGUUUUCCACCCAAAAAAAUAUGAAAGGUUAUGUGAGAAUAAAUCAUAAUAUGAAAUGUAUAGAAAUGGAUAGUUGAACCCUAAUCAUGUAUGUAGAAGAUCUGAAUGUACAACACGGUGAACCUUGAAGCAGAUGGUCUACAGCAGCAGACCAAACCAGGUGCCACUUCUGUCAGCUGUGAACAGAAAACUGAGACUACAAUAUUCACAGGUUCACCAAAAUUGAACAAAAGAUUGGAAUAACAUUGCCUCAUCGUAUGAGUCUCGAAUUCUGCUGCAACAUUUAGAGGAUAAAGUCACAAUUUGGGGUAAACCACAAUAAAGCAUGCAUCCCUCUUGCCUUGUAUGCCUGCCAUGUAACAGUUCAGGCUGCUGGUGGUGGUGGUGAAAUGGCUUGGGGGACAUCGUUUGCACACACUGGGUCCCUUAUGAACAGUUGAACCUUGUUUAAACAUCACAGCCUACCUGAGUAUUGCUGUUGGCUUAGUUGCAGCAUACCCAUCUUCUAUGACUGCUUCCAGGAAGAUAACACAUGUCACAAAGCUCAAAUCACCUCAAACUGGUUUCUUGAACAUGACAAUCCUCUCAGUGUACUCAAAUGGCUUCCACAGGCACCAGAUCUCAAUUCAAUAGAUCCUCUUUGAGACAUCAUGGAUGUUUAGCCCACGAAUCUGCACCAACUAUGUGAUACUAUCAAGUCAGUAUGGACCAGAAUCUCAAAGGAAUGUUUCCAGCAGGUUGCUAAAUUUGUGCCAUUGAGAAUUAAAACAGUUCUGAGGAAAAAAAAACAAAACGGGUCCAGCCAAAUACUGCCUAAUCAAAUGCACUUAAUAAAGUGGUCAUUGAGUGUAUAUAACCCAAGCCAAGCUCACUGACCUCAGUGCUGUGUGUAUGCACCCAUUUGCCUCCAAGUUUCCAUGGAUUUCAGUGCAACCAGCACUUCUCUGAUGACAUACUGCUUUAUUGUGAUUAUUGAUGGAAAAUAUGCACUGUGCAAUAAAACCACUGGCCUGAAACUCCUGAUUUAACAUUGGACCUGUGACAAGUUACAG